GAGAGCUGCCAUGUCAUCUUGGAGGGGACAUUCACAACAGAGCUUGGGAGGCCUCACCUCCCAUCUCUGCAGAGCCCUGUUUCUCCUAGGGCUCUUCGUGGCUUCAGCCUGGAGCGUCACUCCAACCCCCCAAGAUUGCCUGAUCCUACGGCCGCCCAACAGUCAUGGCAGUUCUGUGUCCUGCUUCUCAGCCCCUGAGUUCCCCAGCUGGCUCCCGGGUGACACCAUCCACCUGACCAUGGAGUUCUCCAACCUGACCCAGCUGCCAGCGGCUGCCCUGCAUGGCUGCCCGGGCCUGCGGGAGCUGCACCUCUCCAGCAACCGCCUGGAGAAACUGUCCACCGGCCUCCUGCUGCCCGUGCCCAACCUGCUCGUCCUGGACCUCACCCGCAACGCCCUAGCCGACCUGCCCCAGGGCCUCUUCCGGGCCUCGGCUGCCCUCCACACCCUGGUGCUGAAGGAGAACCGGCUCCAGACCCUGCAGGCCUCCUGGCUGCGGGGCCUCCGGGCGCUGGUUCACCUGGAUCUAGCCGGGAACUGCCUGCACACGCUGCCUGCUGGGCUCCUGGCCAACCUCACUGCCCUCAGCACUCUGGACCUUGGGGACAACCAGCUGGAGACCCUGCCGCCUGGCCUUCUGCGGGGCCCACUGCGUUUGGAACGUUUGCAUCUGGAAGGAAACCAGCUGCGGGUCCUCGGGGAUGACCUGCUGGCGCCACAGCCGUCCUUGCGCUAUCUUUUUCUUAAUGACAACAAACUGACCUCGGUGGCCGCCGGGGCCUUCAAGGGUCUGAAGUGGCUGGACAUGUUAGACCUGUCCAAUAACUCGCUGACCACCACCCCUGCAGGGCUGUGGGCAUCCCUGGGGAAGCCAGCCAGAGACAUGGAGGAAGGGUUCGACCUCUCCCACAACCCCUGGGUCUGCGACCAGAAGCUGAGCCACCUGUGUCUCUGGCUGGCCGCCAACAGACACAAAAUGUUUUCAAAGAAUGAGACGCGUUGUGCAGGGCCCAAAGACUUGGAGGGCCAGCUGCUCCUGGCAGUGGUGGGGUCCCAGUGGGAGGACACAGAACCCCACUGA